UGCUAAUGCAACAAUGCAGGGCUGUGACAGUUAACAGAAUUUUCGCUAAGCACAGAAUUGAUUUGUACUGCUACUUUUUCUUUGUUUACUUUUUCCGUGCAAAUUGGUAGUAAUUGCUACAUUAGGCCCAGUGUCCCAGUACAGAUCCGAUGCAUUUGGCCAGAGGCAGUUGUAGACCCCGGUGAUUUUCUACGGCAAAAUGUGAAAUCGAGCACGGAUGGCAAAUCGAUCGAUUUUUGACAACGAAGUGGGAAAGUAGCGGUGUCUCUGCGGUGUCUGGGUGUGUGUGCACGGCCCUGCGCUGCGCCCAACUAAAAUUUUAACGCCUCCAAAGCGUCUAGGAGUGGAUUGGAUCGCAUUGGGUUGAAAUUAAUUAACGUUAACCAUGGAGCACCCUUCCUCGUUGCCCGGCUAUGUUCGCGAGAAGCUCGCCGAAUUGGACUUGGAGCUGUCGGAAGGUGACAUCACCCAAAAGGGCUAUGAGAAGAAACGGGCGAAGCUACUGCAGCCUUUCCUAAAAAAGCAUGAGGGCGACAAACCGAAGAGCAACCCGCCACCGCCAUACUACAACGUCAAAGAUGCCAACAAUAGCAACAACAGCAGCAGUCACGGAGGAAACAUCAAUAACGAUGGUGUCAUAGUCUCCAGCGAGGGCUACAGCUAUGUCACCGAGGUUCCCUCCCUGUCCUCCUCCCAGCAAAGACAUUCCAAAAAGAUUGACUUCCACCAGUCAUCCUCCGUGACAACAUCAUCAAACUCCCACGGCGGAGGAAGCAGUGGUGGUGGUGGUGGUGGUGGUGGUGUUGGGGCUCCCGGCUACGAAAAUAUGCGACCACAAGGUGGUGCAGUCGGAGAUCCAGGCUACCAGAAUACUCGCGAGCCCAGUGGUUUUCAAAAUACGCCAUCGAACAACAGUCAACAUCGUCAGCGACGCACACAGCGAAAGGUAACGCACAAUGAGAAACGCUAUCAUUCGGAAGUUAGGCAGGAGGCUGUGCAGCAGGCACUAGCUGCCCUAAAGGGUCGUCCGAAACCUAGCCUUCCGAUGCCAUCGAAACGCACAUCGGUGCUCAACCGAAGUCCCGGGUGCAAUGAUGAGCUGGACUCAUCGACCGACGACGAAUCAAUACCCGAAGAAAUCAUUUCCCCCGACAAGGAGUACAACUAUCCGCGCGACCACAUUAGCAACAGCAUGCUACCGCCAGAGCCAAUUAUUAAGCCCCCAAUCCGUGAGUCAUCGAUGAGUUCACAGCAGCAUUCGCGGCACGAUGUGAAACCGACUCCCCAGCCGCCAAAUCACAAGUAUGCCUCAUCCAAUAGUGCUCCGGAAAGGCGUCCUCCUCAGAAUCUGCCACCAAUACCCACAUCCGACACUUCGAGCACAGACUCGCCGCCCAUUGCCUACAAGCGCGACAGUGACUUCUCCGACAAGGCGUACAAGCAAAAGCAAUUCAACGCUCCUGACAUCACACAGUUCAACAAUGCUCAUCGGGCGGCCGACCGGGUUACGCGGUAUGUUAAUCUCGCUCCAAAUGAACUCACCGAGACGGAUGCGAAUGGAAAAUGGAAAGUCUCGGCCAAAAUUCAGCAACUGCUGAACACUCUGAAGCGACCCAAGCGCCGGCCAUUGCCCGAGUUCUAUGAGGACAACGAUAUUGAGCUUGAGAUCGCUGCAAAUACCAAAGAUCCGAAUGCCCCCAAGCCGGAGGGCAGUACGAUGACACCUGUGCAGGGCGAGCAACUCUCAAUACCAGCCGGUCUACCACGAACCCUGGAGUGCGCUCUCCAACGCUAUGGCACUAAUUCCUUCAAAAGCCCCAUGGCCACGGUCCUCGAUCCUAACGGAAAAAUAACAACCACACUGACAUAUGGGAAACUGUUGUCGCGUGCUCAGAAGAUCGCAUAUGCUCUGUCCACAAAGAUAUUCAGCAAGGGACCCGAGCAAGUAACCCUCAAGCCAGGAGACCGUGUGGCCUUGGUUUACCCGAACAAUGACCCCUUGAGUUUCAUUACUGCCUGGUAUGGCUGCAUGUUUAGGGGCUUGGUGCCCCUGCCCAUUGAGCUGCCGCUCUCAAGCUCCGACACCCCACCCCAGCAGGUGGGCUUUUUGCUGAGCUCCUGCGGCAUAACCGUCGCCCUGACCUCAGAGGCUUGCCUGAAAGGUCUUCCAAAAUCCACGACAACUGGCGAAAUUGCCAAGUUGAAGGGCUGGCCGCGUCUGCAGUGGUUCGUCACCGAGCACUUGCCCAAGCCACCCAAGGAGUUCAACGUGGGUAAUCUGCGUGUCGACGAGUCAGCAGCGGCUUAUAUCGAAUAUACAACUGAUAAGGAGGGCAGUGUUAUGGGCGUAACUGUUACUCGAGCUGCCAUGAUCAAUCAUUGCCGGGCUCUGACCAUGGCCUGCCACUACACCGAGGGUGAGACCAUCGUUUGUGUGUUGGAUUUCAAGCGUGAAGUCGGUCUGUGGCAUUCGGUUCUGACCUCCGUUUUGAAUGGAAUGCACGUCAUCUUCAUACCCUAUGCCCUGAUGAAACUGCGCCCCUCCAGCUGGAUGCAGUUGAUAACUAAGCACCGGGCGUCCUGUUGUCUCGUCAAGAGCCGCGAUCUGCACUGGGGCUUACUGGCCACCAAAGAUCACAAGGAUAUCUCGCUAUCUUCGCUGCGCAUGCUUCUCGUGGCCGAUGGUGCCAAUCCUUGGUCACUGUCCUCAUGUGACCAGUUUCUUAACGUAUUCCAAGCCAAAGGACUGCGCUCCGAUGCCAUUUGCCCGUGCGCCAGUAGCUCGGAAGUGUUUACUGUCUCCCUCAGGCGUCCUGGUCGCGGUUCUUGUGGCUUUAGCCCAUCGGCCACAGGGCGGGGUGUGCUCUCCAUGGCUGCACUUUCGCAUGGUGUCGUCAGGGUGGACAGCGAAGACUCGUUGACCUCGUUAACCCUUCAGGAUUGCGGUCAGGUGAUGCCCGCUGCCCAAAUGGUGGUCGUUCGUUCGGAGGGAUCUCCAGUGCUGUGCAAGACCGACCAGGUGGGGGAGAUAUGCGUCACCAGCGGCUCGACAAGCGCCAGCUACUUUGGACUGGAUGGCAUGACAAACUCAACCUUCAAAGUGCAGCCUCUGGUGGAGGAGUUCGAGCCACCGAAAGACGGCAAUGGCACCGUUAACGUAAUUUCGAAACCAAUCGGAGAAGAGUAUUACGUGCGUUCUGGACUUUUGGGCUUCCUGGGCCCCGGAGGGUUGGUCUUCGUUUGCGGCUCGCGUGACGGCCUCAUGACGGUCACUGGGCGCAAGCACAAUGCAGACGACAUCAUAGCCACAGUAUUAGCAGUGGAACCAAUGCGCUUCAUCUAUCGCGGGCGCAUUGCCGUGUUCAGCAUCAAGGUGCUGCGGGACGAGCGCGUCUGCGUAAUUGCCGAGCAGCGGCCCGACUGCUCCGAGGAGGAGAGCUUCCAGUGGAUGUCGCGAGUCCUCCAGGCAGUGGACUCCAUUCAUCAGGUCGGCAUUUACUGCCUGGCAUUGGUGCCGCCAAACCAUUUGCCCAAAACUCCUCUCGGCGGCAUUCACUUGUGCGAGGCCAGGCGGCGGUUCUUGGAGGGAUCCCUGCACCCGGCAAACGUCCUCAUGUGCCCGCACACGUGUGUCACGAAUCUACCCAAGCCGAGGGAACUGCAUCAAGGUGUGCCAAGUGCCGCUAAAUUAAGCUCAUCAUCUGGAUGUGGUAUUACAGACACGGGUGUCGGACCAGCCUCCGUGAUGGUUGGCAAUUUAGUGCAAGGUAAUCGUCUGGCUGAAGCCCACGGACGAGACGUUGGAUUGGCAGAAGAUUGUGAGCGUAAGCCUCAACUCAUAACAGGGGUGCUGCGUUGGCGUGCCAAUACCUCACCGGAUCACAUCAUAUUCACGUUGCUGAAUUCCAAGGGUGCCAUUGCCAAGACUCUGACUUGCUCUGAGCUGCACAAGCGGGCCGAGAAGAUAGCAGCUUUACUACAGGAACGUGGAAGAAUCGAGCCUGGCGAUCACGUUGCUCUCAUCUUUCCUCCGGGUCUCGACUUGCUUUGCGCGUUUUAUGGAUGCCUGUACUUGGGAGCUAUACCUAUUACCAUAAGACCCCCGCAUCCCCAGAAUCUAAACACCACAUUGCCCACGGUUCGCAUGAUUGUUGAUGUUUCCAAGAGCGGCAUUGUGCUCUCCAUACAACCGAUCAUCAAGUUACUAAAGUCCCGGGAGGCGGCCACCUCCAUUGAUCCAAAGACAUGGCCGCCCAUACUGGACAUUGACGACAAUCCCAAACGCAAAUAUGCCGGCAUAGCCACGGUCUCAUUCGACUCCAGCGCAUAUUUGGACUUCAGUGUGUCAACCUGUGGACGUCUUAGUGGGGUGAACAUAACGCAUCGAUCUCUCUCUAGUCUUUGCGCCAGUUUAAAAUUGGCCUGUGAGCUGUAUCCUUCUCGUCAUGUUGCGUUGUGUUUGGAUCCCUAUUGUGGGCUGGGCUUCGUCAUGUGGACCCUGAUCGGAGUCUACAGUGGCCACCACUCGAUUCUGAUUGCACCCUACGAAGUGGAGUCCAAUCCCAGUCUGUGGCUGUCAACCUUAUCGCAGCACCGUGUCCGCGACACCUUCUGCUCGUACGGCGUCAUCGAGUUGUGCACAAAGGCUCUUAGCAAUUCCAUACCCUCUCUUAAGCAGCGCAAUAUAGAUCUGCGCUGCGUACGCACCUGUGUCGUGGUGGCCGAAGAGCGGCCAAGGGUUCAGCUGACCCAGCAGUUCUGCAAACUGUUCCAGGCCCUGGGGCUAAACACUCGCUGUGUCUCCACUUCGUUCGGGUGUCGGGUGAAUCCAGCUAUUUGUGUGCAAGGAGCCAGCUCGGCGGAAAGUGCCCAGGUGUACGUGGACAUGAGAGCACUGCGAAACAACCGCGUAGCUCUGGUGGAGCGGGGCGCACCCAAUUCCCUUUGCCUCAUUGAGUCAGGAAAACUACUGCCCGGCGUCAAGGUUAUAAUUGCUAAUCCCGACACCAAGGGUCAUUGUGGCGACUCGCACUUGGGCGAGAUUUGGGUACAAGCUCCGCAUAAUGCCAAUGGAUACUUUACCAUUUACGGGGAUGAAACUGACUACAAUGAUCACUUCAACGCUAAAUUGGUGACUGGGGCUACCUCUGAGAUUUAUGCACGCACUGGCUACUUGGGAUUCCUGCGUCGCACUGAAUGCUCUCAAGCUGCCUCCUUGCUAGACGAAACCACACCAAGUGUGGCUAGUCGCGACAGUGAUUCCGAAUCGUUGAACUCCAUUAGUCAGCUACAAUUGAACUUCUCGAAUGCUUCGUUGGGUGGAAAUUCGGAGCACGGCCUGAUGGGCAGUGCAGCCAACUCAAACGAUCAGGAACUACAUGAUGCUGUUUACGUCGUCGGUGCCGUCGACGAAGUGAUCUCCUUGCGUGGCAUGAACUAUCAUCCGAUUGAUAUCGAAAAUUCUGUAAUGCGCUGUCACAAGAAAAUAGCCGAGUGCGCCGUUUUCACUUGGACUAAUCUGUUGGUAGUGGUCGUGGAGCUAGAUGGCAAUGAAUCGGAAGCUUUGGAUUUGGUACCCUUGGUCACAAACACAGUAUUAGAAGAUCAUCAGCUUAUUGUUGGCGUUGUUGUGGUUGUUGAUCCUGGUGUGGUGCCUAUUAAUAGCCGUGGCGAAAAGCAACGGAUGCAUUUACGGGACGGCUUUCUGGCCGACCAAUUGGAUCCCAUAUACGUAGCAUAUAACAUGUAAAUACACAACCAUUCUUAUGAUACCGCCACUACGUAGACGAAAACGAGGCAAACCCAUUUUCUCCUUAUCUAAUUUAAACAAAACCGCGUAAACAUUAACAGCAUUUUACUAGCAAAGAACAUACGAAAAGCAGGCUCAUUUUGGUUCACACCGCCCAAGUAAUUACACAUUUCCCUUAGGAAUAUUAGCGUACUAGCCUAGUUGGUAAAUCAUUCUAACAAUUAACGGACUAUUUAACUUUAUAUGACCAUAAAAGUGACAACAAACAUUUAGUAAUUAUAUACAUAAGUCUAAAUAAACAACCAUUUAUAUGCAUAUAUAAAAA